AGCACAGGGAGCGUGUGUAGUGCAUGAUCCUCCAGCGUGUUCAGAAAUGAUUAUCUUCAGAUGUGCUGAGGCGGAGCGGGAAGGGCUGUGCAGGGGGACACGAUCAGCUGUCUGUCUUUACUGAGGGAAUGCUUUUCCUUUGAGUCGUUGUGGAAACUGAAGUAGUCAAUGCAAACGAUUGUUCGGAAGGCUAUGGGCUGGUGCGCAGGUGAGCCGACGUGAAAACAGGACAUCGUCACCCAGCCUGCCCCUCAUUUGAACAGUGUGAGGAGGACGGACUGCGACAUGUCUAGAGACAGCAUGACAGAUGUACGAGGAGUCCACUCACACAGUGCGAGUCCUGUUUCACCUAAAGAGAAUGGACACGCAGCGCCGGGUCCAGUUCAGCCCAACUUUACCCACCCCUCAGCGGGGGGCAUACCUGAGGAGACCCCGGUGUCCUCCACCGGCGAGCUGAGACACACCUGGGUGCACUUUGCAAAAACGUUUGUUCUUAUUUUCCCCAUUUACGCGCUGGGCUAUUUCGAGUUCAGUCUGAGCUGGCUGCUGGUUGGACUGGUUCUGUUCUUCUGGUGGAGGAGAAUCACAGGAGGGAAGCACAGCAGGCUGAACCGAGCUCUCACCUUCUUUGAACAAGAGGAGAGAAGUGUGAAGCAGAGUCUGACCACCUCUGAUCUACCACCAUGGGUCCACUUCCCCGACGUCGAGCGAGUGGAGUGGCUAAACAAGACAGUGAAACAGAUGUGGCCGUACAUCUGCCAGUUUGUGGAGAAACUUUUCCACGAGACGAUCGAGCCGGCGGUGAAGGAAUCCCACGCCCAACUCAGCACCUUCUGCUUCAGCAAGAUCAACAUGGGAGACAAGCCCCUCAGGGUCAACGGGGUCAAAGUUUACACAGAAAAUGUGGAUCAAAGACAGAUCAUCAUGGACCUACAGAUCAGCUUUGUCGGCAACACCGAGAUUGACGUGGACAUCAAACGCUACUACUGCAAAGCCGGCAUUAAGAGUAUCCAGAUCCACGGCGUGUUGAGGGUGGUGAUGGAGCCGUUGCUGGGCGAUAUGCCUCUCGUUGGAGCUCUGUCCAUUUUCUUCCUCAAGAAACCGCUGCUGGAAAUAAACUGGACGGGCCUCACCAAUAUUCUCGACAUUCCUGGGCUCAAUGGCUUCUCUGACAGUCUGAUUCAAGACAUCAUCUACAGUUAUCUGGUUUUACCAAACCGCAUCACCAUCCCCCUGGUCGGAGAUGUGGAACUGGCCAACCUACGCUUCCCCAUGCCGAAGGGGGUCCUGAGGAUUCACUUUUUGGAGGCUCAGGAUCUGGAGGGGAAGGAUAAGUUUCUGGGCGGCCUGAUCAAGGGCAAGUCUGACCCUUAUGGCAUCCUGCAGAUUGGAAACCAGCUGUUCCAGAGCAAGACGGUCAAAGAGAGCCUCCACCCUAAAUGGAACGAGGUUUACGAGGCGUUGGUGUACGAGCAGUCAGGUCAACACCUUGAGAUCGAGCUGUUUGACGAGGAUCCAGACAAAGACGAUUUCCUGGGAAGCCUGAUGAUCGAUAUGACCGAGCUGCACAAAGAACAGAAAGUCGACGAGUGGUUUGAACUGGAGGAAACUUCGACUGGGAAACUCCACUUAAAACUGGAGUGGCUGUCUCUGCUCACCACACCUGAGAAGUUGGAGCAGGUGCUGCGGAGUGUGCGUGCGGACAGAAGCCUGGCCAGUGACGGGCUCUCGUCAGCGCUGUUUGUGGUCUACCUGGACUCAGCCAAGAACCUCCCAAGUGUCUUCACAGGAAGCUUAGGCCGUGGGAACUUAAGUGAGAGGAGGGCGUCUGGGCUAGUGUUUUGUGAGAGCAAUACCUCAGAGUAUAGAACGAUAUGUUCUGCAAAGAAGAGCAGCAGCGAGCCGAGUCCUUAUGUCCAGAUGACUGUCGGACACAAAACACUCGAGAGCAAGAUCCGCUACAAGACCAAGGAGCCUCUGUGGGAAGAUUGCUUCUCAUUCCUCGUCCACAACCCGAGGAGGCAGGAGCUGGAGGUGGAGGUAAAAGAUGACAAGCAGAAAUGCACCCUGGGUAAUCUGACGGUGCCUUUGAGCAGCCUGUUGGAGGAGGAGGACAUGACACUGACUCGGUGCUUUCCUCUCAAAAACUCGGGGCCCAGCUCCAGCAUCAAACUGAAGAUGGCCCUGAGGAUCCUGUCUUUAGAGAAGCAGGUCUCCUCAGAUCAGCCCUCCUCCGUCCGGGUCAGGAAGUCUAGUGUGCCGCAGCCGAACACGACCCCAUGCAUGAGACUGUCAGCCUCAGAUUCCCCUGUACCUCCUCCCACACCUCCACCGCCCAUAAACGCCUCCACCCUCACCCUCCAGCAGCGGGACGGCGAGCCGUACUCAGCCAGCCCUCUCCGCAGCGUCUCCAACCUGAGCAGCUGCAUGUCCAGCUCGCAGAAACACCUGCCUCACAAGGAGUCCACACCCAGCCUGGCCUCCGACAUCUCCCUGCCGUUUGCCACUUUGGAGCUUCAGCAACGCCUCCGUCAGCUGCAGAACGGCUCGGCCCCGGGCCAGUUCCCCUUGGGUGAGAUCCAGCUGACAGUCCGACACAGCGCCCAGAGGAAUAAACUCAUCGUGGUGGUGCACGCCUGCCGUAACUUGAUCGCCUUCACCAAAGACAGCUCCGAUCCCUUCAUCCGCCUCUAUCUGCUGCCCGACAAGAGCAGGACGGGGAGGAGGAAGACCGGCGCCAUGAAGAGGACCCUCCACCCUGUUUAUGAUCAAACGUUUGAGUUUAGUGUUUCGAUGGUGGAGCUCCACAGGAGAACUCUGGAUGUAGCAGUGAAGAACGGGGGGAGCAUCCUCUCCAAACACAAAGGACUCUUAGGAAAGGUGAUGGUAGAUUUAAGUGGGGAGGAUAUAUCCAGAGGAUGGACACAAUGGUAUGACCUCAGUGAAGACGGGUGGACUUCUCAGAGCAUAAGAAGUAUUCAGGACCCUCUUCUCACAUAGUGACGCCUGCUCUCAUUUAAUACAAUCUUCUUCCAAUAAGCCCAUCUUUUAGUUUUAUUGAUGUACAUUUUGUUCAGUUUAACAGGAAUUCUUUCCGCAUGUAGAAAGUUUUUCUGAUCAGGAUUAAAUUAAGAUCCGGGUCGGAAGAUAUUGUGAUGCUUUGAAACACAAUGGCCGCCUUGUUUCUUCUUGUUUCUUCU